CCCUAUGGAGGUGAGUGCUGGUCUAGUUGCUGGCUCUCACAAACGGAAUGAAAUAGUUGUUAUUCGUCGAGAUGGUGAAUUUUCUGCAAGGCCAUUGCAGCAGCUGAGUAGUCAAAUUUGCAAAAUAUGUGAUGACGACGUGGGGUUAACAAUAGAUGGAGAGCCCUUUGUAGCUUGCAAUGAUUGUGCUUUUCCAGUUUGUAGAACUUGUUAUGAUUAUGAGCGCCGAGAAGGUAGCCAAGUUUGUCCUCAGUGCAAAACACGUUUCAAACGUCUAAAAGGCUGUCCGAGAGUACAGGGCGAUGAGGAAGAAGAUGACAUUGAUGAUGUUGAAAAUGAGUUCAAUUUUGAAAGUGAUCACAUGAAACAUGAUUUUCAAUGCUAUGGUUUUGAGCACUUUGAGCUAGACAUGCCUUCUCAUGAGUCAAGAAACCAACUUUCACAAGUUCCUUUGCUAACCAGUGGUCAAAUGGUAGAUAAUGAUAUCGACAUAGAAAAACAUGCGUUAGUACCGAUGGGAUUAGCAGGGUUCGGUGGCAAAAGGAUGCUUGCCCUUUCCUACCGGGAUACCAACACUUCAGUUUCUGCAGUGCAACCAAGAUCUCUGGAUCCUUCAAAGGAUUUAGCUGCUUACGGGUAUGGAAGUAUAGCCUGGAAGGAGAGGAUGGAAAGUUGGAAACAAAAGCAAGAGAAGCAACAAAUGACGAAAGAUAGUGUUUGCGAAGGCGGGGAUGAAGAUGAAGAAUUUGACUUAUCAGUGUUGAAUGAAGCAAGACAACCAUUAUCAAGGAAAAUGCCAGUUCCAUCAAGCCAAAUCAACCCUUAUAGAAUGAUCAUCAUGAUUCGGCUUGUUGUUCUUGGCUUUUUCUUUCAUUAUAGGGUCUCUCAUCCUGUAAAUGAUGCUUAUGGAUUGUGGCUAGUUUCUGUAAUCUGUGAAAUUUGGUUUGCUGUGUCAUGGAUCCUUGAUCAAUUCCCUAAGUGGCUUCCCAUUGACAGGAAGACUUACCUUGACCAAUUGUCCCUCAGAUAUGAAAAAGAAGGCCAACCUUCUCAACUUUCUGCAGUGGAUAUAUUUGUGAGUACAGUAGAUCCACUUAAAGAACCACCUCUGGUGACUGCAAACACAGUUCUGUCCAUUCUGGCGGUGGACUACCCCGUCGAUAAGGUGUCAUGCUAUGUAUCGGAUGAUGGUGCUUCUAUGUUGACCUUUGAAGCAUUAUCAGAAACAGCUGAGUUUGCUAAGAAAUGGAUUCCUUUCUGCAAGAAGUUUAAUAUUGAGCCUCGGGCUCCUGAGUCCUAUUUUUCUCAGAAAAUGGAUUAUCUCCAAGACAAGGUUUUGACUUCAUUUAUAAAAGAGCGACGAGCAAUGAAGAGAGAUUAUGAGGAAUUUAAAGUACGGAUAAAUGCUAUGUUUGCUAAGGCGCAAAAGGUUCCCGAGGAUGGGUGGACAAUGCAGGAUGGGACUCCUUGGCCAGGGAAUUAUGUUAGAGAUCAUCCUGGCAUGAUUCAGGUCUUCCUUGGCCAAAAUGGUGGGCUGGAUACAGAUGGAAAUGAAUUACCUCGACUAGUAUAUGUAUCCAGAGAGAAAAGACCUGGAUUCAACCAUCACAAGAAGGCUGGUGCAAUGAAUUCUCUGGUCAGAGUGUCUGCUGUGCUCACUAAUGCUCCUUAUUUGUUGAAUUUGGAUUGCGAUCACUAUAUUAACAACAGCAAAGCCAUAAAGGAAGCUAUGUGUUUCAUGAUGGAUCUAUCGCUGGGGAAAAGAGUUUGCUAUGUUCAAUUCCCUCAGAGGUUUGAUGGCAUUGACAAGAAUGAUCGAUAUGCUAAUAGGAACACAGUGUUCUUCGAUAUUAACAUGAAAGGAUUGGAUGGAAUUCAAGGACCAAUAUAUGUUGGAACUGGAUGCGUGUUCAGACGCCAGGCGCUUUAUGGACUCGAUGCGCCCAAGCAGAAGAAAGCUCCAACGAGGACAUGCAAUUGCUGGUUAAAGUGGUGCUGCUGCUGCAAAAGCUGUUGCUCCAGAAGGAAAAAGAAAAGUAAGAAGCCUAAAUUGGAGGUGAAGCCUCUUAUAAAUGACGAAGACUCCCUCGCAUUAGUGGUCUCUCAAGAGGGAAACCAAGGUGACAAUCGAUCUCCCAUCUCUGAUCACAAGUUAGAAAUGAAAUUUGGGCAAUCUCCAGUUUUUGUUGCAUCAACAUUGCGAGAAAAUGGUGGAACUCUUAGAAGUGCUAGUCCAGCUUCCCUGGUAAAAGAGGCCAUUCAUGUAAUAAGCUGUUGUUAUGAAGAUAAAACAGAAUGGGGAAAAGAGAUUGGCUGGAUAUAUGGUUCAGUCACAGAGGAUAUAUUAACAGGAUUCAAAAUGCAUUGUCACGGCUGGAGAUCCAUAUAUUGCAUGCCUACAAGGCCGGCAUUUAAAGGAUCAGCACCGAUCAAUCUAUCAGAUCGUCUCCACCAGGUCCUUCGAUGGGCUCUGGGUUCUAUUGAAAUCUUUUUCAGCAGGCAUUGCCCUCUCUGGUAUGGAUAUGGUGGUGGUCUCAAUUGGCUCGAACGUUUCUCAUACAUAAACGCCACCAUUUAUCCAUUCACGUCUCUUCCCUUAGUCGCUUAUUGCACUCUACCUGCUGUAUGCUUGCUCACAGGAAAAUUCAUUACACCUGAGCUUAACAAUGCUGCUAGCUUGUGGUUUUUGUCACUUUUCAUUUGCAUAUUUGCAACUAGUAUUCUUGAAAUGAGAUGGAGUGGAGUAGGGAUAGAUGAAUGGUGGAGGAACGAACAAUUUUGGGUGAUCGGAGGCGUUUCAGCACAUCUAUUCGCUGUGUUCCAAGGUUUACUAAAAGUAUUAGCCGGGGUGGAUACAAACUUCACAGUAACAUCAAAAGCCGGAGAUGAUGAAGAAUUCUCAGAGCUUUAUGCAUUCAAAUGGACAACACUUCUCAUUCCACCAACCACAUUGCUAAUAAUAAACAUUAUAGGAGUUGUUGCUGGCAUUUCCAAUGCUAUAAACAAUGGGUAUGAAUCAUGGGGGGUAUUAUUUGGGAAGCUGUUUUUUGCUUUUUGGGUGAUUGUUCAUCUCUAUCCAUUCUUGAAAGGACUUUUAGGUAGACAGAAUAGAACUCCUACAAUCAUCAUUGUAUGGUCAAUCUUAGUUGCUUCCAUAUUUUCGCUUUUGUGGGUAAGGAUUGAUCCAUUUUUGGCAAAAUCUGAUGGUCCAAUUCUUGAAGACUGUGGAUUGGAUUGUAACUAGUAUGGAAACUCAAGUUCAAACUCAUAAAUAGAAGAAGAUAAACACCUUACAGAUUCUUGUUCUCUCUUUCCUCAUGUUUUGGCAAUC